AAUGAGACGCGGUAUCAGCACUCUGGUUCGGUCUGCACGCGGGUCAGGCGGCGGUGGCGGCGGUGGCGGCGGUGGCGGCGGCUGCGGCAGCGGCGGCGGCAACGGCGGCGGUAGUGGCGACGACGAUGACGGCGGUCGAACCCGUUUUGCAUUCACGGUCGUGCAUUCGUAGGCGCGUCGCCGUCAGCAACGGUUAUCCCGGAACCACAGACGAAGUUUUCUCAGACGUCCGCGGACACGGUUUUUCGAGUAUAGACAUAACGGUUGUUUUUUUUCGCCCGAAUCGCUCAACGAUAUUAAUAUAGUAAUAAUUACGCACAGCACGAUCGCUGUAUAAUCGUAUCGGCCCGUAUUAUACGCGUAGGUGUCGACCACGGGGUCUCGUAAAGGGAAUUUCCCUCCCCCCACCUCUCCCGCCGUCGCCUCUGCCGCCGACCCGAAAUGAUGGUGGAUAUCGACAACGUGCUGGUGUCUUUGGGCAUGGGCCGCUACCAGUUCACGGGCUGCGUGCUGUUCGGCGUGAUGUUAAUGUACUCGAACAUAUCGCCGUUCACGUACGUCUUCACCGCCGGCGAUUUAAAAUACAGGUGACGAUAACCGUACACUAUACACACUGUCUAUUCAUUAUUAUUGUAAUACUAGAGGUACUAACGUGAUCCGCGCCUAAACUCGCUUAUCUACGACCAGAGUCUGUAGUUCAAGUAGUCUGUGGGCGGGACGGAUUCCCCCGUUCUUAUUUUUAGGUGAAAUGAUCCUCUUGUGAAUCCUCUCGGGCCUUAAGUUUAAGUCUUCGAAGCCCGGGUGGACGCCUUAGCUAUUAUAAAACGUAUUAUUGUAAGUUAUUAGAAUUUGUUUUAAUUAAAACGUUUCGGAAGCCUUGUCUCCGUGACGCGUCACCUGAAAAUUCGGUAAGGUUUAAAUAGUUCUCGGGAACGUUCCUCAAUUUUCGAUAAAUAUGGUACCAUUUUAACCGCUGCUAUUUACAGAUAUUUCACUUUUUCGCGCUGUCGACGACAUACGUGCGAGAUUGUUUUAAUUGGAGGCACUGGCGGGCAGCGGUGUGGAGAGGUUACGCGUUAUAUCCCCCCCACAUUAGCUUAUAAAAACAAUAACUAUAUAUUAUAAAAUAAUAUGAGUAUCUGUUUACUAAUCCAAUCUUGAAAUGUAUAUAUUCGAUCAAGUUACAAGUUACAGCUUGAUUUAACAAUUUAAAAGGCUGUCACAUUAUACCUGGUAUGCGAUAAACCGGUGAUUUUACAAGUAUACUAAAAUAACAACCAAUGACAAAUUAUAUUUCACAAUAAGUUUUUAAUUCAUAAUAAUCUAUAUCAAAAUUAAAAAAUGUCAUAAGUUAACGAAAAAAUACGUGUUAGUUAGAUCUAAAUUAGAAAAUAUAAACAAUUAUAUAACUCUACAAAAACUUUCGCCUUAUCUCUAAAAAUGUAUGAAAUAAAUCUAGUUUAUUUAUUAUUAAUUACAUGUUUUCAUGAGAUACCUAUAUUAUUUAUUAAAACCGUAGACUUUUUCGACCCUGGCUUUUAAAUUCAACCAUAGUCAAGUUGGGUAAAUAAGACGGUUCUACGAUUUAUUAAUAAUUUUUUCUUCAUCCCUACCCUUUGGAAAUUCCUAGGCAUGUCAUUGUUAAAAAAUAUUAAUAAUUAAAUAAUCUACUCAACAUAUUAUAUUACUAUAUGUAUUAAGCAGUCUAUCACAGACGAUAUUACAUAGUUUUUUUAAAAAAACAUUCGUAUGUUAAAUAUUUUAACUUUCAUCAAAUUUAUCCAAUUUAAUUGUACGUUAGCUACAAUUCGUCGUCGUUCCUCCGUCGAUCACUCGGUCGAUGUGUUAUGUGUACAAUUUUAAACGUUUUAAUAUUGAGAUUGUCGUCAUUAAGUGUAUAUUUGAAGAAAAAUACUAGGAAACAAUAUACUUGAUUUUUUGUACAAUACAAUAAUAAAUAAUGAUGUUAGCAGCAAUCUUAUAUUUUUCCACGGGUAUAUUCUUUGUCCUUUUUCAGCUCUGUAAGACUAGAACUGUCAUCUAUAUAUUAAUGAUAUUUAGUAAGUAUAAAUUAAGAAUAGUCACGUAAUCCAUAAUUUAUUUUAUCCAAAUAAAAAUUUGAUAAGGAAGGCGAAUGUUGUUGUUUGUAAUGAUGUUUUUAAAAGUAUCAACUCAAUACAUAUGACAAAAAGAAAUUUGCCGCACAUUAAUAGUAUUUAAAUACCAGUAAAACGAACCAGACAUAUGGUACGAAUGUCUACAAUAAAGAACAGUUUCACCAUUCACUUACACCUAAUUUAAAAAUGCUUUACUUAGAUUCAAAAUUUAACAAUUAUUUAGUAUUGUAGUAUGAAUUAAGUACAAUUUUAUUGUUUCUUACACUAGGAGUACAAAAUUUAAAUCCUAUCCGUAUUAUCACCUAUCUAUUUUAUAUUAAUCGAAUAAAAAAUCAUUUAAAUUAUUAUACAAGUAAAAUUAGCAAGUUGUACACUUUAACAGAUUUAGAUUUUACGUACCUAUACCAUACAAAAACAAUAGGAAAAAAGUGCCAAAUAAUUUUAUUAUUAUUUAAUAAUUUAAUUUUAAGAAAACUAUUGUAGAAUGAAAAGAAAAACAGAAUGCGAUAAAUUAAGAGUUAGGCUAGUUAACUAUUAAGAUUUUAUACUUCGUCCUAAUCGGUUUAAUCUUUUGACCUAGAUCUUGACCUAAAUCUUAGACUGUGUACAAUAUGUUAACGGAAUUUGGAAAUAAUUAUAUUCAGAUAAAGAAAAAAUUCAUAUUAAUUAGCAUGCAAAAUAUAAAUUUCGAUUCGAAAUACAUAAAGUAUACGGUUCUUCAAUUACUAAUAUCUAAUUACUAAUAUUUAUUAAUUUAAUUAAUAAAAAUUCCAUAAACUUUUCAGUUCAUCCUUGUGUCCAACCAUAGCGGUACUUUGGUAAAAUUUGGAACAUUAUCGAAAUUAUACGACUGUUUCAGUAUUAAUCCUAAUAACGUAUUCUCUCAUAACAAUGCCACAUAAUACCAAACAUAUAACUCUGUAUCGCCAUUGUCAACUAUAGAUUUUUCUAUCGUUAUUCCAUGUUACCAAUGAUUAUUAACAGCAUUUGCAAGUAUUAAAGGAAAUUGUUUUUGAAUACAAGAAAUCUCAUUCAAAAUAUAUAUAUAUAUAAUUUAACGAUACGAUAAGGAUAGAAUUUCCAUAUAUCUUCGAUUUAGUAUAAUUAAAUAAACUAGGAAAAGACACAAAUGCAAUAAUGACCUCUGUUUUCAUACAUUAUUUAAUUAUAAGAUCAUUAUAUAGGUUGUUUCACGAGGAUUAUACCCCUUAAACAUCUCCAAAGAAAAUAAAGAUAAUCUGUUUUUUUGUUUUAUUACUCACAGGGAUGAGGACUACAAAUAUUCAUAUUUUAAGUAAAUUUAUUUGUAGUAAAACAAUUAAAAAAAUAACAUUAUUUUAUUGUUUUCGGAAAAUGUUGAAAUAACCAUUUUGUAGAGUUUAUUUUUCUAAAAAUUUUAAUGUAUCACACAUUUAUAUCCGAUAAAUAGUUUCUAAGUAACAACCGUUUUAAAUUUUAUUAAUACGUGUGAAAACGGAUGUUAUCUAGGGAACCGUGUUACGCGAUAACGUUUUAAACUAUUGAAAGAGCUCUGAAUUUUUCCGAAAAAAUAUGACUUUAAAAUAGAUUUGACCAACGACCUUAUGGGAAAAUUUUGUUUAGGAUGAUUUGCCACUUAUCCAUAACUACGUUACUCAGAUGUUUCCAAAGAUCAAAUUAUUUUUCAAUAUUUAUUUUUUUGAAAAGCCAGGGGCUGCAAUUGCAUCCCUUUCGUGACACCUAUGUAUAUGUACUAAUUUUAAGUUCAGAUUAAAUUAUCAAUUGUAUUUGUCCUACUUGGGCGAUACCUCCAUCAUUAUAAUUAAUAAAUUAACAUAUAUUCUUAAUAAUUAAUCACUAUUUCCUUCAAUAUUCGGGUCAGUAUUUUUGAAAUAGUUGAAGUUUUCAAUUUCUUUAUUCUUAAAGAUAAUGCAUUACUGCAACAUCGAACAAUUUAUUACCAAAUAGAGAUAUUAUCCAUGUGAAAUUGUGUAGUCAGGAGUUGAUAAGCUUGAUCAUCGGUUGAAUCGUUAACAAUUAGGCUAAGAAUUAGAAGAAAAUCGUUAAAAUUGUGGUUGAAAUAUACUUUGCACUGUUUAUAUAUGUAAUUUUAACUUAUUAUCGCUUAGAAUCGUUUUUCGUUAGCGAAAAUGUGUGUUCUGAUUUUCCAACCAGUUUUUAUAGUAAUUGGAAAAAUCAUAAAAAGACAUAAAAUAGAAUGGACAAAUUUACGGCGUUAACGAUUUUAUUAUUUUUAAUUUAAUAUUCAUCAGAAAUAUUACUCCAAAUUUCAAGAGUAGCACUUUUUCUGAAAGAAAAUUUUGUGUGAUUAAUUAGUAAGGAAGUCGUUUUUUAAUACUCCGUGCAUUUUUUUUAAAUUUUAUUUGGUAGGUACUAUGUGGAUAAAAUUGUUUAUCCAACAGAAAUGUUUAACAAUUUAACACGAGGUUCAUUUUAAGUUGCAUACAUGGUGGUAAAAAAAAAAUUGAACGUAAUAUAAUAUUUUUUAUAAGCUUUCUUAAGUUAACAUUUUUAGGAAAAUCAUAGCAAUCACGGCAUUUUAAAACAUGUUUAAAACAAACUUCUCUCAAAAUUAUAUUUAAUUAGCAAUGAUUUAACGUACAAAUACAUAUUAUAUAAUGUAAUAUGUAAAAUGUAUAAAAUAAUAUAUAUACAAAUGUAUAUAUAAACAACUUUUAAAAAAUAAACAGAAUAACAUUAUGUAUCCUACCUUUACAACUUCUCACUUCUCAACUUUUCAGUAGUGUACUCUUCAGCAGUAUCAGUUUUUUCCCCUUUGUAUGUAUUGUCAUUUAUAAUUUAGUUUUGAAUUUGUUUGACCAAAAAACCCUGUCAAACAUGGAACAUCAAAGAGAUGAACCGUUUAAAAUGUCAAAAAAUAUUUCAAGUAAUAAUACUUGAAACCACCACGUUGCGUCAGGCGGAAAUUUCUCAUCUUUGAAUGUACCUAAUAUACCAAGUGAUUCAUUUAAGUGGGUACACUCAAUAUCUCGGAAAGUAUAAACUUUUUCCGGAAUUUGUUUUCUAGAACAUUUAAGAAACAAACUGCUCUACAAUUUUAUAUUUAUGUUAUUAUUUGUCAUCCUUAUUUUUGGGGAUAAAACUACUAUCUACUUUUGUUUUUCAAAUGGUAACAUAAAUUAAAAAUUCCUUAAAUAAAUGUAGUAUUAGUUAAAAUCAAUUUUAGUGUUGACAUUUUUGAUUUCUGUUGAUCCGUUGACGAGAUUUUCCACUUUUAAGUAGUGGUUUUUUCAUCAAAAAUAAGAGUGACAAAUAAUAACAUAAAUAUAAAAUUUUAGAGCAGCUUGUUUCUUAAAUGUUUUAGUAAACAAAUUCCGGAAAAAGUUUAUACUUUCCGAGAUAUUGAGUGUACCCACUUAAAUGAAUCACCUGGUAUAAAUAAAUCAAAACAUUAUUAUCUAUUUACCAAAAAAGUAUUUCCUUGUAUUUUUUGAUACUUCAACAUUAAUAAUGUAUAAAUAAAUCAAAAUCAAAUGCAUUUUACAUAAAAAGAGAGAGGUUUAAGUUUUACAUAAAACAAAUAUAUUUAUGCAUAUAAACAGUUUUUAGACACGAAUAUCUAUGAUCUUUUAGUAGAUUUUUCCAAUAAUUAAAUUUUAAAUAUUGAUUGGAACGAGGUAAUAAUAGUUGUAACUGUUUUACAAUGGUUAUUUUUAUUUAUUUUUUUUUGUGAACAACUUUCCUACAGGCAAUGCAGCUCCAAAAUUCAAUUGUAGCACUUUUUCUCGAAGAAAAUCUGACUGGGGUGGUACUUUAAAGAAGUCCUCUUUUGAUUUUUAUAAUAAAUACGAAAAAACGUAGAAAAAACGGAAAAAUAGGUACAAAAUAUUAAAAAAAUAUUAUAAAAGAAAAUGUGUAAUGCAUAAUAUGUAAUUAUUUUACCAUAAUAUGAUAUAUAUAUAUAUAUAUAUAUAUCGGCAUUAUUGAUAAAGUAACACUAUUUACCAAACUUAGCUCAGAAUCGUUUUUCGUUAGCAAUGGUUAAUCGUUGCGUACAGAUGUACAUUAAAUUUCCCCUUGACCUUCUCGACUUCUCACCUAAAACAGUAACCCACCCACGUGUGAAGUAUGUUCAUCUUUUUUUAAGUCUUUUAAUUUAUAAAUAUUUAACAUUUUCAUUACUAUUCAGAUCAAAUGACGUUUGAUUUAUAUAAUAUUUAUAUUUCAGAUAAGUGCACCAAAAACAAUGUAAUCAAUUAACAUGAAUGCAGUAUAAAUAAAUUAUACAUAUUAAAUCAUUAAAUACAUUAAUACAUAGUAUUAAUGUAAUAUUUGAUAAUUAUACCAUAAACCUAUAUUUUAUUACUGAGACAUUAAAGUGAACAUUUCAAGCACUGAUCAAAUUAUUAUUAUAUGUUUAAAAAUUUCAAUCUAGUAAAAUAUUAAGAUUGUUUGCUUAAAAUAUAUAUAAUAGUUGACCUGAGCAAGUAAACAAUUUAAUUAAUUUUAAUUAGCUCAUUAUUUUUUUUAAUUUCGUUAAUUUCGAUAUGUGACGAUUUUUCAAUUUCUUUAAAUCUAAAAUUUUUUUUCAUUUCGACGAUAUUUAUUUCAGACUCUUCCACUAAUUUAUUCAUCGAAUAACUAGCCCAUUUAUGGUGAAUAUUGAAUGGGUAUGGCAAUUUGUACGGACAAAUAUUACAUUUUAAACCAAAAAACCAGAUAAACCUGUUGGAAUAUUGCGUUUGACUGAUUUCAAUUAUGAAAACGUAUUAUAAUUCGAUAGGUUCGUUAGGAUACGUUGGAAUUAUUAUUUUUAAUUUAAUUUAUUUUUAUCAUAAGUAAAAGGCAAAAUAACUAGUAAGCAUUUAAUGUAAUUUAACUAUUUUUCAUGUUUAAUAAGUGAUAAAAACUUAUAAAAUAUAUGUCCUCACUUUUAUGGAUUAUAUCAUUAAAAUAAAAUGUUUAGUAAUUUAAAAAAAGAGCUAAUGAAUUCACAUUUUUUGUAGGUGAAAAGUAAGAUACAUAGUUAUUUAAUUUAUACCUGUAGGCAACGAUAAACCAUUGCUUACGAAAAACGUAAUUGUUGACGAACGGGAGCUGACGAAAUAUGAAUGAAUUUCCGAAUAGAGUGAAGUUUCGUUUAUAUGCUUUGAAAUGUCGUAAUAUUUGCGAUUUUCGUUAACAUUUGAUUUUAAAACGGUAAUAAAAUAAUUAUAAUACACUCAAUUUUUUUUUACGGCUAAUUAGAACUUAUAAUGAACCUUGAAUUAAAUUUUCAAGCAUUGGGUCGUACAGCCCAGUGCUACUUGUUAGGUUAGGUAGUGUGAUAUUAUUUGUAUUACACGUGGAAAGAAAACCUAAAAAAAGAAAGACGGAUAUACUUUGCACGAGGGUCACUGUUGUAGUUCUUAUUUACAACAGUGGGAAAACUCCUGGGAAAAUCAAAAAAUGACCUCUCUAAAUUACCACUCCAAGAAAAUUCCCUUUCAGAAAAAGUGCUUUACUUGAUAAUUUGGUGCAUGAUAUUUGGUAGAAUUAUUGUAUAGAGUAUAAUAGUAUACAUAAAAAAAAAUAAACAUCUUUGUAAACCAAAACUCGAAAAUAUUAAAUUCCUAUAAAUAGCUCAAAAAUGGCUAAUAUAGUCAACCACGUCCAAAAAGUGGUAGUACAAGUAUUAUGUGAUAAUUUUAAGCUGCCAUAUAACAAAAAAGCAUAAUCAAAAAUAAUUAAACCAUUAAUAACAUACACUGUCUUGUAAUUCCUAAAAUUUUCCAAUUUUUUCCAAUUAUUAUCUGAAAACUGAUAGGAAAAUCAAAACACUAUUUUCUUACUCACUUACUAGAUCCAAAAUCCAAAAAAAAGAUCUUUAGUCGAAAUAAAAUUAUCUUUCGGAAAAUAUGCUAUUCUUGAAAUUUGGAUAAACAUUUCUGGUAGAAAAAUGGAAUCAUAAAUUUUAAACAAUGAAAUUGUUUUACCGUAAUUUGAAAAAUGCGUAUUUUUCGUUUUUUUUUCCGUUUUUCCCAAUUAUUAUAAAAAUUACAUUCGAUAUCAAAAAAUUACUGUUUUUCAGAGGCUAUAGAUAUUAAAUCAAACAAUACCAAUACUUUGUAAUUUUUGGAGCAAUAUUUCUGGUAAAAAACAUAGUUAGCAAAAAUUAAAAAAAAUGAAAUCAGUACCGCUGUAGCAUGCCGUAAAUAUUUGCCGUUUUACCUAUAAUUUUCUUUCCAAGUUUUCUCAAUUAUUAUGAAAACCCUUUGGAAAAUCAAAAAAUAAUCUACUCAAUAUACCAAUUAGUUACAAUUUUGUUUCAGCAAAAAUGUUACAUUCUUUUCAUCUGAGCAAGAUUUCUGAUAAAAAAAUUGUUUGCAGAUACAAAAAAUUAAAAAAAAAGAUUCACAUCAUAGUAAACCCAAUAAAUCUCUUUCUACGUUCCAAUUCUAAAAUCGAAACUAAAUCUUCGAAGCUAAAACACGGAAAAUAAUAGAACUAACAAUGUAUACCUUGCGAUAUCCAAAAUGGCUACGCAAUCUUCAAACGAGGUGAUACAUUCCAAUUUCCAAAUUACAUUAAUAAACAUCAAUAGACUUCUUCUAUUAAUGGUGUGAAAAAUCCGGAUUUUCAGGAUCCGAAGUCCAAAAUCCGAAAAUGUAUUUAAAAUUGGGAUUUCGGAUUUUGAAACUUUGAUUUUGUUCAUACAUUUAAAAAACUAAUAAUUAAAUUUUUUUAAAUCCGAAAUUGGAAUUCUCGUGUUUUAAAAUCGGAAAUUCAUAUUUUCGAAUUUUUGAAUUGUUUGGAUUUAUGUCACAUCACUAAUAGCUAUAAUAAAUUGAUAUUUUUUACUAGGGGAUAGAAGGGGCUUCGCUUUGCUACACCCUAAUAAUUGGUGGGCGUUUUGUGCACCUCCAAGUCAUCGUUCUAUUUCUCGCCGGAAUUUAAUUAUAUUAAUUCAUUUACAUAUGUAAAAUAAAUAUUUGUUUUCUAAAUAACAUAAAAACCGCAUUGAUAUGACCGGAGAUGGAUACGAGGUGGAUCGCAUGUUCAGUGCUUGGCUCAUAGUAGUUAACGGUUUGAAGAACAAAAUAAAUGUAUAAAUCACGCGCCUGUAGAUUUUUUUUUUACAUGCAAUAAUAUAACAUAUAAUUUCACUGUAGUGUCUUUCUUUAUAUGUCAAAUAAAUACCAAAGGUUUCAUGAACAGAUGAACCGUAAAUACCACAUACGUACAUAUUUAUGUAGAUAUUCGUACAUUGGAUUCUUCUUUAACACGUGUUCUAUUUUUUACAAUUUGCACGAAAUUAUUUUUUACUGAUUUAACCGUUAUUUUUACUUCGAAAUAUCAAGGACAUGAACCUUAGGAAAGCCAAACAUAAACGAUGAAAAUAUAGGUGUAUGACCGAUAUUGGUCAGCCUCUAUUUUCUUGUAGUCGUGUUAUAAAAUGUUUUAAUUUCUCAUUGUAAUGAAAAGCAACAUAUAGUUAAAAUAAUAGGUUAUGUUUGGUUACUCGUCGUAUACUCGUAUAUACAACCAUUCUUGAUAAUAUUGUUAUGUUAAUGCAUUAUAUUAUAUAUUAUAAUCUAUAGUUUAUAAUGAUAACAUAAAAUUACGUAAUGACAAAAAUAUAAAUAUUUUUAAUCGGACUGUAGACAGGUCUAUCGUCUAUCGUUAAAAAAAAAAAAACACACACAAAUACAGAACAGAUAUUUUUUGAAAAUUUAACAUUUUAACAACAUUUAGUUUCCAUGUCCGCCUAAUGUGUGCAUUGACCAUUACGGAUGGCCUACCUAGUACCUAUUAUAUGAUUUUUUACCGUGGGUCUUAGAUGCGAGAUACCGGAAUGUGACAGUACGGAUCUCACGAAACAAAUAUACGAACCAGAGUGGUUACGGUUUACGACGCCUUACAGAGAUGACGGUAAACAGCCACGCAAAUGUCUACGGUACGCCGCGUUGUCGGGCCCGGUCAACGGUAUGCGAUGUGCAGCCAGCGAAUUCAACGAGACCAUAAUUGAGACGUGUACUGACCGUUGGGUGUUUGAAGAACCGGAGAAUACCAUUGGCACAGAGGUAACCGACUUUUAUAAAUCUGGUUACUGUGGUAAAAUAAAAUCGUCAAACAUUAAAAAAUAUAAAUCCUCACCUUCACCACCGUAUACGGGAUGGCCGGUCAUUGCAUUAGGUAUGGCUUAAUCAUCUACAUCUAUACGUACGCAAUACGUUAAUAAACGUAAACAUCAGGUAAUAUCAUGACGCUAUUUUUAAGAAAUAAAAUACGUGAGCUAACGGAUAGGUUUACACAUUUUUGAAUUUUUAAGUUAUCUCCCUUAAACUUAAUAUUUUGUUAUCAGACAAAAAAUCUGUUUUUAAAUAUUUUCGUGCUACAGUGUUUACAUUGAUAAAAUAAAUCGAAUUAUAAAUACUAGAGUUAACAGGAUAUUGGAUCGACUUUCAAAUUCAAUCUUGUUAAUCUAGUACGUAGUAAAUAUUAAUGAUUUAAUUUAACGUGUUUUAAUGAUUAAUGUAGUUUGGACUCAUGUGUGAAGAGAACAAAUGGAAGUUAUCGAUGGUGGGAUCAGUCAACAAUUUCGGUCAAUUUAUUGGCAUACCAAUAUCGGGAAUUGUCGCUGACAAGUGAGUGUACACAUCAUUAAAUACCUAUAUUAUUUAUACGGAAAAUAUUUACUUUUACUAUAUCACAAUAAAUGUAACCUACGCUUACCUAAUUAUAAAUUAAGAAUAAUAUAAGAUUGGAACGUGAGUUACCACGAGUUAGUUUUUUUUUUGCAGAUUUGGCAGAAAAUUUACUUUGGUAUUUUGUGCAGUUACGUCAGCUGCGAUUUGUAUUUUCCAGUCGUUUUCCUUCAAUUAUUCGAUGUUUUUAUUUUUGGAAUUAUUGUCUUCAAUCAUUUCUAGCGGAAUUUAUUCAAUCACUUUCAUUUUAGGUAUUUAAUAUAAUAUAAUAAUAAUAUAUAACAUAAUAUAAUAUAACAUAACAUUAUAAAAAAACCUAUACAGUUGAAAACAACCUUAAGAUUAAGUUAUCGUAUAUAAAUAAACAGAUCAUAAUUGUAAAUAUUUGUUACCUACUAAAAUAUGUAAAAUAAUCGAUUGCAUAUUUUUAUGAACACGUGCUUCAAUAUUCGAUAUAAUAUACGAAUAUAAUAUUAUGUUAAAAUAUUUCAUUACUAUAUGAUAGCAAUUCAAUUUAAUUGCUCAAACAUGGUUAAAUAAAAGUAUUAAACAAUUAAUCUUUUUUAAUUUUAGCGAUGGAAUCAAUUUUGCCUAAUCAACGGGUACUCUAUUAUUCAAUUUUGGAAAGUUUCCUUCCAAUCGGGGCCAUGUUGGUGGCACUAAUUGCCAGCCAAGUAAAAGAUUGGCGACUUUUAUUGCAGUUAUCGAACUUCCCUGGACUACUGUUUAUUUCAUAUUUUUGGUUGUUAUACCUAGACCAUUAUAAUAAUAUUAGUAACCAUUGUAUAGAUUUCUGGAUAAAAAAUAUUAUUAUUUUAUUUUUCACUUGUAUAGGUUAACAGAAGAGUCUAUGAGAUGGUUAGAAACGCAGGGUAAACACGACAAAGUGAUUAACACCUUAAAGAAUAUAGCGAAUACGAAUAAAAAACCUAUGCCCGAACUUCCACACGACACACAAACAAAGGUGAUAUUUCAAAUUCAUAUAAUAUGACAUUGUAUUACUACACUCGUAAAGUUUAGUUUAGCAUAGUCGUACAAUUUAUCAGAUAUUGUAUUAAUUUCCGAUUGUUUAACCACCAGAUUGUAUAUUUUUCAUUCAAUCAUACCUACAUUAUUUUCACUUUCGCAGAAAUUAGACGACGUAGAUGAAACCAAUGACGAUAUUUCAAAUUCCAAUAUUUUUAAAGACAUAAUCCGCUCUCCGACUAUAUUCUGGAGAAUGAUCAGAUGUUCUUUGGUGUGGUAAGAAAUUAACUAUACAUUUUAUAAAAUUAAUUAUUCUAUAUGUAUCUGCAUAUGGCGUAAGUUCGUUUAAUAGUUAGUAGUAUAUACCUAAAUAUGGGCUUUAUUUUUUAAAACCUUUUACAGGAUAGCAGCGACUCUAGUAUAUUAUGGGCUUACGAUAAAUGCAACAGACAUAGCCGGCAACAAAUAUAUGAACUUCGCGAUGGCAUCGUUUAUCGAGAUUCCGUCGUGCCUGCUGUACUAUUUGAUUAUGGAAAAGAUGUCCAGGAAAAGCUCCUUGUCUAGUACGUUCAUAUUGACCGCCGUCACCUGUGUCCUGUACAACGUAACACCCGAUGGCGAGUAUACUAAAUUUUAUACAUAUUCCUGCAGCUGAUAUUAAAUUUGUGUAGCCCAAGUUUAUAAUGUGUUAAAAUCCAUAUGACAUAUAACAAAAUUUAUAUUAUUUAUCUCUGCAAUUUAAGUACCCUAACAAAACCAGAGUAGUCUAUUACCUAUUUCGUUACUAAAACAACACAUUUCUAAAUAUUCAUAUGAUAAUAGAUAAUUUGCUUACUUAGAUAUUUAUACAUUUUGUUUAGUAAACAUAAUUGUUUCUACAAUUACGAAAUAUCAAACUAACUGGUACGUAAUAGGUACUUAGCACUGUUUAAAUUGCAUAACAUAACACUAAUAUGUUAUUAUAAUAGUAUUAUUAUUAACAUUUUUUUUUUUUUUAUAAAACAGAAUUACAUUGGCUAAAGCUGUCGUUGUACAUGGUUGGUAAACUGGCUAUAGCCAUCGCGUUUUCCAUCGUUUACAUGCUGACUGCCGAGAUAUUCCCCACACAAUUGCGCGCCACAAUGGUGUCUAUGUGCUCAAUGAUCGGCAGGAUCGGAUCCAUGUUGGCACCACAAACCACGUUGUUGGUAUGCAUAUUAUAAUUUAAUGAUUUCUAAAUAUAUGUGAAAUAUAAUCAUUACAAUAUAUUGUAAAAUAUAUAUUUAAUAUAUUGUAAUACAUUGAAAUAUAUUCGGUUAGUUGGAUAACUUUCAGUAAAAAAAAGAUACAGACAAACUUCGCAUAAUGGGUGCUCAUACUAUUGUAGGUGAGGAGUUGGGAAGAUAGCAAAUAGAAGAAAAUUUAAUGUAUUUCUGUAUGUAACAAUUAAUCUUUGACAACAAAAAACGAUUCUGAGUGGAGUUUGAUUAUCCAUUUUUUAAAAGGUCGUAUAAUUUACAAUUUUAAAAUAAUAUAUUUCGUACAUUUUCCAUCGAAGUGAGGGGAUGACAUCCGACCACUUAUUAUAAUCUACAUUUUUCAUAACUCCGCUUAUUUUAUCCAAAAUAAUACAUCCCCCUUAUAAUUAUACACAAAGAUUAUCGAUUUAUAUUGGUGUUUUUAUUCAUAAUAAUUCAUUAUAGUCUAUAAACUAUAGUAAAGACUAAUGUAUAAAUAGUUUAGUUUUUUAUUUGGUUUUAUACCUACUGUAUAAUGAUAUAAUGCAUACUGUUAGAACAUAUUGAUAAACUGUAUGCGCAUAAGUUAUAUAUUUAUGUAAAUAUGUUAUACAUUUUAAACAAAAAUAUUAUUAUAUGUAUGUACAAAUUUAAAUAUAUCAACAAAUAAAACAUCAAACUGGAAAACAAAAAUAUUUCCUAUGUAUAAAAUUGUAUCAUACAAAUAAGGUACAGGGACAUAAGGGUUCAAUUCAUUUUCACCAUUUCCACUUAUUUUGAGCCACUUUGACCACUGACAACGAUUCACCAUUUUAACUAACAAAAAACGAUUCUGAGUGGAGUUCGGUUAAUAAUGUUGUUUUUUCAACAAUAUAUAUCUAUAUAUAUAUAUAUAUAUAUAUAUGUCAUAUAAUGGUAAAAUGAUUACAAUAUGCGUUUCCAUGACAUCAAUUAUUGUUUAAAAAGAUUAAAAUAGUAAAAACUUAAUAAUAACAAUAAAUAAAUAAAAACGGUUGCCAAUGACAAUCUUAUUUUUAAUCGUUCAAUCUUUUUUAACCUAAAGAACUAGGCUUUCCCCAUUAUCUCGAAUAUUAAUGAGAAUUUUAAAAAAUUACUUUUUAAACAACCACCUAGAGAACAUUUCCUUUCAGAAAAGGUGGUAUACUUGAUAAUCGGAGUAAGCUUCUGGUAUAAAGUGUUUACAAAUUUAAAAAAAUAAACAUCAUUGUAAAACUAAUACAUUAAAACCAAUACUUAGUCACCACGAUCAUCUCUACAAUAUUAUUUAUUAAAGGGCAAAAUGUAGACAAUUACUAGUCCAUGGCAUCGUUGAAUGUUAUUAGUUAUUACUAUUUAUCUCUAUUAUUUUUCAGGCACAGUUCUUUGGCGGAAACGUUACGAUGAUCGUUUUUUGCGCAACUAGUAUAUUGGGAGCUGCCAUCACCACGACUUUGCCAGAGAGCAAAAAUAUAAAAUUGCCAGAUACCAUUGACGAAGCCGAACGAAUCGGAAUCGACGAUAGUACUAAACCAGAAAAGAACGGAAUUUCAAACGAAAAUUUUGUUUAGUUCAAGAAUGCCAUUAAAUGCGGCAGUGACGUGUGCAUAUUAAAUAUGUUUAAUGAAAGCUACAAUACACCCAACAACUUUAAACGAUAUUCUUUAAAGUUAUAUAAAUUAUAUUAUAUAACAUCACUUUUCUCUAUUAAUGAAUAUUGUUAAUAUAAACUUUUUGAUGGCAUAGGUUAAACCGUUUGUAUACUCAAGGAAACGUGCCUGUUGUAUAUAAUGUACAAUAGAUCUUAUAUUUAUAUGUAUUUAAUUACUAUCAUUGACCACCGAUUUUAAAGGUAGGACCAGCUAUACAGGAACUACAUCCUUGGUUUAUUCAAAAUUAAUAAUAUACCUGUCUAGUAUAAAUUAUAUUCAUUGUCAUAAUUUUCUGUGUAUACUACAAAAUAAACUUGUUUUAAAUAUUUAUAUAUUUAAGUGGUCAGUACACCUAAGCAAUAAUUUGUUUUAAUCAAAAUAUAUUAACUAAAUUGGUUAUUGCAUAAGUGUUGUAGGUGUUGUGUUGGUUGUUGUAAGUGAUGAUGUAUUAAUUUUCAACUAUCUAAAUGUAUGUUGUUUUUUUUUUUUUAUACUAUCAACUUAGUUUUAAAUUCAUUGUAGACACCUUUCAUUUUUCACUGUAAAUUAUUAUAUUUAAAAACAUUUUAUAAAUAAAUACAUUAAGCCCAUGUGAUUCAAAGACGGACAAAAGAUAUUUUGUUUCGAAAAGUUAUAUUCUCACCAUUUACCGUUUAGCUUAAAAAUAAAUUAUCUAAGUUAAGAUCUCUUCACUUAUAAGAAGUAAUAGGUUAUACAUUUUUUGUGGUAUUUACAAGCUCGGAUUAAGACAUUUAGAGGCUCCGGGGCCAAACUUUUUAAUGAAGUUCUCGUUUAAAGACUAAUAUUAUAAAUCAUUUUAAAAUGUUUACUAAUCAAUAUAUUUUAAAAAAAGGAAAAUAUUAAAUACUAUAGACAUUAUAGAGAUCACAAUUCAAAA